AUGGGACUGUCGUCAAGCGACGGAGAUAUGAGCGAUAAAAAUCAUCACAUGGUCAUCGUUCUGGGUAUUGGUCUAGGAGUUGUUUCACUGAUCAUCAUGUGUCUGCUGUUAACCAUCUUCGUCAAUCGCCGCGAGCGAACGCCCACUUUCAAGAAGAAGAACCGGAAGGAUCCCGCCGAUAAGCUGCGCAGAUUGGACGCCGUCUCGCCCAUUCGGACGCUCGAGGAGUGGUGGUCGAAAUCGAAGGGGCCAUUAUUACCCGCCGAGGGGGUCGAUGGACAGUUUAUCUGCGCCGUCUGUCUCGAAUCGGUCCUUCGCGCGCAGGAGAUCCGAGAACUCAAAUGCUUGCACGUCUUUCACAAGGAAUGUCUGGACAAGUGGUAUCUGCAGGACCACUUCAACUGUCCACUGUGUCAUCGCGCAUAUUAUGUUCAGGAGUCGCGCCCGAGUAAUGAUUUUGUUUGGAUGGUAUGA